ACGUUUUAUUAUUAAUACUAUUAUUAUAAAUAUAUAUCCGUGUCCGUUCGGUGUUGUCCAUGGCUGCUGCUGUUUUCAUCCGAAGACGUUCGAAUUGAUCGGCCGCGGCCAUGGGGGUUUUUUCACCUCGAUUAAUUCACAUUGGCUGGCCCGUCGCGGCCAAUGUGUUGGUGUGCGUUCCAAAGUUAUUGACAAGUAUAUACCUAUACACUAGCCGCCCACAGCCGCAGGGCCACUUGGAAUAGUUGGCCCGUUCUGAUUAAAUCAAUACAUUUUAUACUGUUAUGAUAUGAUGUAAUCGCCUCGGAUGAAUGAUUUUUUUCUUUUAGAAACAGACAGUUAUUACAAUACAAUACAUAAUAUUAAUUAUUAGGUGAUUGAAAUUACCAACAUGUCUGAAAAUAGUGCUAUUCCUGAAGGAACAACCAUAGUGUUAAGUGAUGGAACCGAAAACACUAUGACUAUUGGAACCGAUCACAUCAAACUCGAGGCUUCUGCAUCAGGAACGGAAAAUAUUACCGAUAUUCAAAAUUAUUUAGAUUCGUUCAACAAAGAAAUAGAGGGUAAUGAUGGAACACACGUCACAGCUGACGGGGAAUCGGUGGAACAUGCCUAUUUCAUUGAUCAAAAUGUUCAAUACUACUAUCAAACAACGACUGGAGAUGGUCAAAUGGUUAUGGUUGGAGGUCUUACCGACCAAGAUGCCCAAUUGAUGUCUGAAACAAACGAUGCUAACCUGGAACUAGUUAUUCCUGGCCAACAAGAUAAAAAUAAAAAGGAUCUCACACAAAUUGUAUCGUUGGCUGAUGGCAGUGGGUAUCAAACGGUUACUCUCGUCCAAGCAGAUUCUGAAGCCAACAAUUACGUUUUAUAUGUCGUAAAACAACAAAAUGACAAAGCUGAAAUGUCAAAUAUGAGCAUGGAACUGUCUCAAGAAGAUCCGGAUGAUCCUGACGAUCCCAAUAUGAGUAAUGUUUACGACUUCAAUGAUGGCGAAGAUCCGGCUUUGCAAAAGAAAACCAUUAUAGAUUCUCCUGAAGAAGACGACAAAUCAAAAAUAGUGAAAAUACCCCCGAAGAAGUCGCAAACAGUGACUCAAGCUCAUAUGUGCAAUUAUUGUAACUACACUACCGGUAAAAGAUAUUUACUGUCUCGUCAUAUGAAGUCACAUUCCAAAGAACGUCCUCACAAGUGUACAGUUUGUGAACGUGGCUUUAAAACCCUGACGUCUUUGCAAAAUCACGUAAACACUCAUACAGGGACCAAACCAUAUCAAUGCCGUAGUUGUCCCAGUGCUUUCACUACAUCAGGUGAACUCGUAAGGCACGUCCGUUACAAACACACACAUGAAAAACCUCAUAAAUGUACUAUAUGUGAUUAUGCCAGUGUCGAGCUCAGUAAAAUGAGAAACCAUAUGAGAUGUCACACCGGUGAACGGCCAUACCAGUGCCCGCAUUGUACGUACGCAAGUCCAGAUACAUUCAAAUUAAAACGCCAUUUACGUAUCCACACUGGAGAAAAGCCCUAUGAAUGUGAUAUUUGUUUUUCUCGAUUCACCCAAUCCAAUAGUUUGAAAACUCAUAGACUUAUUCAUAGCGGAGAAAAACCAGUGUUUAAAUGUGACCACUGCCCGGCCACAUGUGGUCGAAAAACCGAUUUGCGUAUACACGUUCAGAAGCUACAUACCUCAGAUAAACCUAUCAAGUGCAAACGAUGUGGCGAAACUUUUCCUGAUCGUUAUAAGUAUAAGGUGCAUUGUAAAUCCCACGAAGGUGAAAAAUGUUAUAAAUGCGAGUUGUGUCCUUAUGCUUCUAUGUCUCAGCGUCAUCUCGAAACUCACAUGUUAAUACAUACAGACGAAAAACCAUUCCACUGUAAACUCUGUGAUCAGUCUUUUAGACAAAAACAAUUGUUGCGUCGUCAUCACAACUUGUACCAUAACCCUGCGUACAUCCCACCUCCGCCGCACGAAAAAACCCAUCAGUGCAAUACUUGCCAACGAUCGUUCAGACACAAAGGAAAUCUUCUGAGACACAUGGAAGUACAUAUGCAAGAGGCCAAUCCUCAGAAUCGAAACAGCGCAAUGAAGCAAAGAAUAGAAUACACAGAUUCGACAAACGAAGACGAGUCCGAGGAGGAUACGAGUAUUCCGACGAGCGAAACUGGAGUUGUAGCAGUCGAAGGUGAAGACGGACAACAAUAUGUAGUAUUAGAAGUGAUUCAAUUGGACGGUCAAGGUCAAAUGGACGGAUACACAUCGACUAACAUAUCCAUUCAGCAAUCCGACGAAUCACCGGUAGAUCAAAAAGAUUUGACUAUUCUGAAAACUGCGUCUCUUUCUGAUGUCAAAGAGGAAUGUGGCGAUGGUGUAGACAACUGUUUUGGAUUUGACGACGAAGAGGAAGAAGAAGAAACCACCAAUUCUGGUGGAUAGAUUGUGGUUUCUUUGGUUAAAAAUGAUUUUUAUUAUUGCCUAUCCAGUUUUAGCGAAAUGUUUUUUUAAUUUACUAUUAUGUUAAAAUAAUUUAUUGAUCAAACAAAUAUUUUUUUUUAACACAUUUUGAGUUUAAAUUUAUGAUAAUGGUUUUAAAAUUCAUAUAAGUGAUGUAUUUGAUGAUUUUGCAAAUUAUUUACAUCAAACACUUAUUUAUUGUAAAUUUAUUUACUUUUUCGUUCCAAUUUAGCUAAAUGUGUGUAACGUUUUUUUU